GUCAAAGACGGGAUGUUUGACAAGGAGAAAUUUGACGACUUGUGCUGGAUGAUGACCAUGAAGAAGAACUUUAAGGGGCUACCAAAGGGGGCGCCGCUGUCGCAAAGAGACUGUUUCAAGCUCUUCUGUUUGUUCAACCUGCUGUCCGAGGACCGCUACCCGCUGGUGAUGAUACCAGAGGAGGUGGAGUAUCUCCUCAAAAAAAUCUCCACAGCAAUGAGCCAGGAGUGGGACGGGAAGCCAUUGGAGGACUUAUUAUCCCAGGAUGCAACAGGGCGGGAAGAGGACAUGUCCGUGUGGUCGUUCCUGGAGCACAUGGGCGCAGGCCGGCUGCUGAAAGUGACCAGCGCUGAGGCCUUCAGUCUGGCUUUAGAUGAGGUCUUUCUGGAGAUGUAUCACAAUGUCCUCAAGAGGGGUUACAUGUGGAAAAAGGGACAUGUACGCCGGAACUGGACCGAGCGUUGGUUUGUGCUGAAGCCCUCCUCCAUGGCUUACUACGUCAGCGAGGACUUAAAAGACAAGAGAGGGGAGAUCCAUCUGGAUAAGAACUGUGUCAUCGAGCCUAUUGCAGACAGGGAGGGGAAGCGCUGUUUGUUCUGUGUGAAAACUCACAAUAAAACCUUUGAGAUGAGCGCGUCCGACCAGAGACAGAAGGUGGAGUGGACUCAAGCUAUUCAGACAGCCCUUCGUCUCCAGAGCGAGGGCAAGUCCUCCCUUCACCAAGAACUCAAACUAAAAAGACGGGUCCAGCGGGAGCACAGCCAGCGGGAGCGCAGCCGGAGCUCCCGGAGCAGCUGCAGCAGUCGGAGCAGCCAAUCAGACGACUACAAUAUCCAGGACAUGGAGAAGAUGGAGAGAGAGAAAGACAGACAGGAUUUAGAGAUAGAAACUAUCAUACAGCAUGCACGUGAGUUGGAAACCAAACGAAGGGAGGCAGAGGAAAAAGAGAGGAGGAGACAAAAGGAGGUACAGAUGGAGCUGGAGAGACAGCUGAAGGAGGCCGAGACGUUGAGAGACAGCAUGCAGGCCGAGAUGCAGGAGCGGGAAAAAGAGGCUGAGCAGCAGAAGAAGAGGAUCCAGGAGUUGGAGCUGACGCAACGGAAACUUGAGGCUGCUCUCAACAUGGAGAUCCAGGCGCGACUGGAGGAGGAGAGAGCCAGACAGGAGCUGGAGAG